AUGGACGCUCUCGCAUCUCAACCCGGCCCGGUGUGCUCUUCGACCACCAGAUUGGCAGAAAGUCAACGACAGCAACUUAAAGUGGCCAUAAUCGGCGGCGGCAUCUGUGGCCUCGCUCUUGCAGUCGGCCUCUCAGGAUGCAGGCACAUAGACUUCCACAUUUACGAGAAAAUGGCUAUUUACCGUGACGUGGGGGCUGGUCUGUCCCUCCACAAGAACGCCAUUGCCGCGAUGUAUCUCAUUGAUCCGGAGCUUGUCAAGGCCUAUCAGAAGAAAGCCGUCAAAAUCGGCCAGGAGGAUCAGGAAAUGGCAACCGAAGUCAUCCUAGCAGCGGGGAGACACAAAGGCCUCAAGGUUGGCGAGCUCGGUCGUGCCAGGGGACGCAAGUCCGUCAGCCGCGCUGACCUUUUAGAUGGAUUCCUUGAGCAGGUGCCCAGGGAAAACAUCAGCUUCGGCAAGCAAGUUGUGAGGGUCUGGGAAACUCACCCCGGAACCGAAAGAUCUAGUACAGACUCGGUCGCCCCCUAUUCUGAGGAUUCUGCCGAGUAUGACCACCCCAUCCACAUUGAAUUUGCGGAUGGCACCCGCGCGCAUGCCGACGUCCUCAUCGGCUGUGACGGAAUACACUCGAGUGUGCGGUCUUAUAUCCUGGGCGAAGAUCAUCCAGCGACGAAGCCCAAGAACCACAAUGGAUGGCAGAUCUAUCGCACUCUCAUCCCGACAGAGGUGGCUAUCGAGCAAUGGGGAGUUGACGCGAAGUUGACCCGAACUGUACCCAUCCUUCUCGGCCCCAACGGCCACAUCAACAUCAUCCCCAUGAAGAAGGGCCAAAUGCUCAGUGCCGGAGUAGCGGUUCGCGGCGCUGCUCGACUAAACACCGCUUUCGGCCCCUCCACCGUCCCUGUCUCCGCUCCUAUCUCCCCUUCAACUGCCCCUCUCAGCCCCCCUGAAUCUGAAAGCGGCAUCGUGCCGUGGGUGUGGUAUGCGGCUCUUCACAACACCACUAUCGGUGAUUUCAUCACUCACCACACACGUCCAUCCAGUCACGAGAAUUCACCCCAAGCACAUCCUGUCUAUCAGACCCAACCUUCCAACUCUCUUCCGGGACAGGGCACACCAGUAAUCAAACCCUACCUCUAUGGAGACUACACACGCGAGGCUCAAAAGAUUGUCCGUAUGGUUGCCGCCGACACCUCGGCUUCCUGGGCCGUUGCCGACCACGACCAUGCUCCCUACUACGCUCGCGGCUGCGUGGCCAUGGCUGGCGACGCGGCUCACGCUGCGCUUCCCUUUGCCGGCAACGGGGCAGCACAGGCACUGGAGGACGCAGCCGUCCUGGCUCAUCUGUUUAGGACAUACGUCCGCACCCCCGAGAUGGCCGAGACAGCGCUGUGGGCGUACGAGAAGGUGCGGAUGGAGCGGUCACAGAGGGUGGUGGAGAUUGCGCGCGAGUACGGGCGGGUGUACUCGUUCAAUCCGAUCCAGUAUCGAGGGAAGUGGGUCAAGCUGCAUGAGAAGCCGGAGGUGAUGAUGCAGUGGUUCCGGCAGCAGGCGGCUUAUACAAACGAGCAUGAUGUUGCGUUCCAAAACACGUGGGCGGGGCGACUGUUUGUGAUGGAAUUAACACGGAAGAAGGAGGCGAGGAAGCGAAGUGAGGGGGCGGAGGGCAGUUCGACGGAUACGCAUCCGAAGACGAAGACGGAUGAGGUUAAGAGUGAGGAGAUAAGCAAUGUGCGGACUAUGGGGGAGGGCACGUCGCCGAGGUCAACUUGGGUGUCAGUGGAGGGAAGGGAAGCGGCAGUUAUGGAUGGGGAAGAUGGGGAGCGUGUGGAACGGGACGAGGCAAAUGAUGAUGAUGAUACACACGAUGUGGAAAGUGUGGCAAGCCUCGGACAGGACAGCGAUUAUGACUUCUUUGAUGAUUUCUCGGAUGAUGCGGAUGACGAGCUGGAAGAUGAAGAUGAAGAUGGCCCGGGUUUUUAG